UCUUUUUUUUUUUACAUUUUCAAUUAAUUCCUAUCUUUAAUUAAUUGUUCAGCUCCCCCUUGCUCUCUCGCUCUAUCUCUUGUCCCCAUCUCCUUGAUUCCCUUCUCUUUCUUAUAAACAGGGCAGCAGACUGAAAAGAUAGAUGGAUGCAUCGAUCCUUCGGGCCCCACACCUAGCUAACCUUGUAUAUGCGCGCGCGCGCACACACACAUGUGUAUCUAUAUAUACCCACAAAAACCAUCAGCAACUCAAACGCAAACUAAUAAUUAGCUCAUUAGCAAACGCACGGUCCAAUUCUGCCUUCUUCACCUCCCUUCUUCUGCUAGCUAGCAUAACUUCUUAUUUAUAUAUAUAUCUCCAAGUUGGCAGAGAAAAUGAGCAGCUGGAAGCCAGGAGACUGGAACUGCAGGUCGUGCCAAUACGUUAACUUCUGCAAGAGGGACUCCUGCCAGAGAUGCGGGGAGCCCAAGCUGGGCGUGCCGCUGCAUGAGAGGACCGACUACACCAGCGCCGGCGGUGCCGCUUGGGAUGUCAAGCCCGGCGACUGGUACUGCUCUUGCGGAGUGCACAACUACGCCUGCCGCUCCAAUUGCUUCAAGUGCGGAGCUGUCAAGAACGACUCCGGCGUCACCCAUUCCUGGGGAUUCGCCUGCCCUGGCCAGCAUGGCUGGAAGUCUGGCGACUGGACAUGUACCAGGUUGGGCUGCAAUGAGCACAAUUACGCGAGCAGGACCGAAUGCUUUCGGUGCAACGCCCCUAGGAACUACGGCUGAACAUGCACCAAAACCAAGAAAAGAGCUCACCACUGAAAGCUUCAAUGCAGACUUUUCUUUCUUUCUUUCUUUUUCCCCCCUUCUAUGUAUGUGAGGCAUCCCGAUAUUAAGGGAGAAUAUAUGGGAUCUAUAUAUCAAUGUAACUCCAGAUUUUCUGCACCUUGAUUUCUUUCUCACCAUAUGAUCGAUGUAUUAACCAACCUUAAUUUUCCAUAUAGCAUAUAACUGGGGUGUCUUGA